AUGGCCACCAGACCACGGGUGCGCACCGCCUCCGCUGAGGGCUCGCUCCAGCUUUCCCAGCCCACGCCCGAUCUGCACUCCCCCACCGACGGCUUCGCGACCCAUGUCGAGCGCCUCGAGAAGCACGCCGAACGCAUGAGCUCCAGCGGCUCGGACAUCGGCGAGGAAAUUCGCAAGCUGCAGCUGGAGGAGAAGGAGCAGAGCCGCCGCUCGUCUCUGGCUUCGCACACCCAUGCAGACCCCGACAACGCGAAACCCGUGCCCGCCGGCAGGUCGCGAAACACGUCAAUAAGCUCCUACAACAACUCGAUUGUCGAUGUCAACACCCAGGCCCGCUGGGGCGGCUAUUCGCCCACCGCCUACAUAACCUCUCCGAAGGGGUCAAUCCGCUCUGGCUCGUGGUCCCACCGCUCCGGCGUGCAGCGCCAGCAAUCCGUGUCCCAGACACAGGGCUCGCUGGGUGAGUUCCCUGAGAACAUCGACGAAGCCGACACUGCCACCGUCUACAACGAGCCGCAGCCCGCAACCGCCGACUUCGCCCAGCUCCACGCCCGCAACGCCUCCCAAUUCAGUCUCGAGUACGAUAAGAUUGUGGCAGACAUAGAGAAUGAGCUGGCCACCGUGCCGAGUCAGGAGUCGGCUCCCGCUGCCGGUGCCUACGGACGCGUGGCCCACGGCAUGCUGGACCCUGACGAGCUCCCUGACCGGCCUGCUACCGCCGACACGUAUCAGCAAGCUCAGACGGCCUUCCAUGACUUUGAUGGCGUGCACUGCACCACUGGCAUGACGGGCCUGCGAGAGAUAUCAGAGGGUAGUGAGCACGCCAUGUUGCACUCCAUCCCACACGACUAUCGGGCGGGAAUUCCUCCGCCUGACGACGGCAUGGUUUACUAUCCUGCACCUGUCCCGAAGAUGUUGAACUUGCCAAAGCGACUCUCCCAGCUCCCUUCGAACGAUUUGCGGAACAAGCGGCGGAGUCAAGUCCUGGGAGGUAUGGUUGCUGAAGCCAGGAACUCGGCGUUAUGGCUGGGCGGCAAGCCCGACAAGCCUGAUAACCGCAAGAGUGGAGCCUUCCGCCAUAGUGCUCACAUGGAUAAGCUUCCGCCCCAGCUCCGCGCCAGCGCGUACUUUGAUCAGCCAAACGUGCCGCACGAUAUUGAGAUCAAGGGCGAGUCUGCCCGGGCGACCCUUGAUGAUAUCCUGGAUGCAUCAACCAGUGCCCCUGUCAGUGCUUUCACCGACCACCCCGUUGCUGGGCCAGUUGGAAAGGCCGCCGUCUAUGGCAAGGAGAAUAAGCGGAAGAGCAUGUUGGAAAAGCGGAAAAGCGCAUCAUCUUUGCUUGAUUUGGACAAGAGGAAGAGCUCAACGACCCUGUUGGACGACGAUGAGAAAGCCGAGAAGGAGCCCAAGAAGGAGAAGAGGAAGUCGUCCUUUGGGUUUUUGUUGGGGCGUCGCUCAAGCACAGAUGAGGUGUCGAAGCAGCUCAAGAAGAAGAGUAGCAGCGGUAAGAUGAACAAGCUGCAAAAGCGAAACAGUCAGAUGAGUCUAUCGAAUGCACUGGAUCAGGGUGAAGCCGCCGGGCAGCAAAAGCGACGAGGAUCUACCUCCAGCCAGGGAUCUCAUGUCAACGAAUCCACAGCACUUCAUCCGGACGAGCAUCAUGGCGACGCCUAUAACGGCAUGGAGACGUUAUCGCGUGACGGCAGCGACCAUUACGAUGACGAGGGACAGUUCGAUGAUGAGGAGGGCUUCAUCGGAGCGCCCACGACGCUCCUUGCCGAGUUGCAAAUGCGCAAGGCUCAACAGCGUGAGCGAAGCCGUACGGCGGCGACUGCAUUUCCAAACGGUAUGCAUAGCACUCUCCUUCAACUAGAUGCUGUUGCGGAAAUCGAGAAGAGAAAACGCCAAAACCAACGUGUCAACCUUGCCUGGGAAGCCCCCAACCAGGAAGAAGAAGACGACGAGGUGCCGCUAGCCAUGCUAUAUCCCAAUCAGAAUGGCCUUGCCAGCAAGGCUGGUCAGGGAGCGGGCGGUCGUGCUGACGACUGGGACCGUCCCCUUGGCUUGCUUGAGAAGAAGGAACUAGAGGACAGCGAACCUCUCAGCAGGCGCAGGAACCGUCUGCGCGGACUCCAUCCGGAUACACCCCACGCUCCUGAUGGCCAACGCAUGACGAUGCUCAGUGCCCACUCGCAAAGUCAACGUAACAGCAAUGAUCCCACUCCAGAACCUCCGCAAGUGAACCAGGAGUCGGAGGACGAGGAAGAGCCUUUGGCAGCGAGACGGGAGCGCCUCAAGCGUAAAGAAGCCUUGAACUCGGCGCUCGGCGACAUGAACUCGCGCCCCUUUAGCGGAGAUUUCGCGAGUGAGAUGAUGAGCCAGUUCGAUGGCCUCAAAGACGGGGGAGAGAAGAGUGGAGCCAAGGACGCGUCCCCGAAGACGCCUGGACUUGCCAACGAGGAAGAAGAGACGCUGGGACAACGUCGCGCCCGUCUGCAAGCCGAGGCUUUGGCCCGUGGCAGCACGACGCCUUCGGGCCUAUCCCCAGGAAACCCGUUGCGCCCGCCGCUCAAAGCAUCUCGCAGCCUGGCGGACAUUCUUUCGGCUCAUCCUGCUGGCAACCAGGCUGAUAAGAUUAGCAACGACGCAUUGCUCUCCAGCCUUCCGCAAGGCAGUCUGUUACAAAAGAGCGAGCACAAGACUGCCACUCGCCAGGCUCAUAUCCGUGAAGGCAACAAGCGGAGCACGAGCUAUGGAAUGGUAAAGCCCCUUCUAGAGGUAGGCCCUCCAAGUGAUGGCCGUACCAAGAGCAUGGUCCUGGAUGGUUCGAGCGGAGAGCGUGGUCUUCUCGGUAAAGACUACGGCACUGGACUGGCAGCUGGGCCGAGGAAGAGCGGCGUCCGUUCACUCGACAAGCGGGCCAGCAUGAUGGCCCUCGGUGCUAACAACAUGAACAUGAGCACCGGAAAUCUGGGCAUGAGCAUGCCGGCAGUGAACCAAAGCGGCCUCCUCAACCCGCAAGCUGGUAUGAUGGGCAUGGGCAUGCCGAUGCAGCAACAGCCCAUGAUGAUGGGUAUGGGCAUGCCAAUGCAGUCACCCAUGCCAAUGCCCAUGAAUAUGAACAUGGGGAUGGGCAUGAACAUGAACAUGGGAAUGGGCAUGAACAUGGGCAUGGGAGGUGCGGGCAUGACUGGCUAUCCCGGUGGGCAGAUGGUGAUGGGACAGCCGUACGGGAUGCAGCCUAUGGGCGGCAUGCAGAUGGGGAUGCCGGCAGGAAUGGGCAUGGGCAUGGGCAUGGGUGUUGGCAACCAGAUGCAAAUGGACCCUGCUAUGUUGGAUUCGGGCCGCAGGGCGGCUAUCGACAGAUGGAGACAAGACAUCUCCUCGUAA